UGCUGUUAUUUCUCUGCAGACCACACCGAGAAGCAGUUUGUGGGCAAUAUACCAUUCCGUCUCUCUCACUUCAACAUCAACUUCACAUCAAUGAAACCCUAUUUCACACCAGGAGCUCGGUUUUAUAUUCCGAUCUCCGUGACUUAUCCCAAUGGUUCUCCCGCCAUCAACGUGUCGCUCCAUGUCAACAUCUCCAUCCUAGAGGAAGUGGUGAUCAAGGGUUCGAUUGGAGGGACGACGGACAGUCUCGGCGAGAUGAUCUUCUCGUUGACGGUUCCUGUGAACGCGCGCAUUCUCAACGUCACGGCCAGCGCUGGAAGUGCGUCGGGCGAGACGGUGAAGCACAGGACGGUGAAGAAACACGAGUCUGACAGUGGGAGGUAUCUGUCCAUCAAUGUACCUCAAGCACUCCUGUACCCUGAAGAUGUCAUCACCGUCAAUCUGACGGCUCUGGGUCUGCACUGUGACGAUGAUGUCCAGUACUUCUAUUACAUGGUACUCGGUAAGGGCAGGACGCUGGACAUCCAAAGGGUGGAGAAAAGGUCCGAGACCUCGUUUGAGCUGCUCAUCACCGCGGCCAUGGUGCCAUAUUUCCGCAUCGUGGCUUAUUACCCCCUGAACGUGGGAGGAAGGUGGAGCAUUGUGGCCGACUCGGUGCGUGUGGAAGCAGAGAGUCUAUGUUACACCAAGUUUCAGGUGCAUGCGGUGUCACACCUGCCGGAGCUUCACCAGCUCCAGCUGACGGUCCUGUCUGACACUACAGCCCAGAUCUUCGUGAAGACCACGGAUGUGAGGCUGAAGGCUUUGGAGGAAGAUGACUCCAUCACUCACAGGAGGGUAUUUGAAGAUCUGAAUUCGACCGAUAUUGGUCUGUCAUCUGGAGGUGGCAGUAAUCCUGCAAAUGUCUUCAAGGAUUCUGGAUUAAUCUUCAGCUCCAAUCUAAUGACGCCAUCUCCAGAGCCAGAUGUUUCAAAAUUGAAGCAGAGGCAGGAGUCCUUGUGGAGAAAUGGCAAUGGACAUGGGAAGGUUCACAUCACACUGAAGGACCCAGGACGACACGAUGUUGAAUGGGUGAGGCCUCUGUUCCCAGGCACCUCGAUGUGGCAGUUCGAGACAUAUCCGGGAAAUAAUACCUUCAGGUUGGGGUUUGACCCCCAUCCUCCUGAAUCCUUGGAUUUCCAGGCCCUCAGCCUCUCAGAGGAGGACGGUCUGUGUCUGGCGAGCCCCCUGGUUGUGCAAGCAGACAGCGUGGGGUCCCAAAUGUCUGACAUGGCAACACCGCGGAGAGGUCCACAUCUGGAGGAGAUGAGCGGACAAGAACACCCAUCCACUGCAGAGGAUGGGGCCUCGCGCAGAUAGAAGGCUGGUCCACUCUUGGACCUUCUGAAUGGACGGAUGAAGAUAUUGAGAAGAUACCUGCAUCCUACCAGCGAGAUUCCUGGAAGGCCUGGGGUUCCCAGAAGGUUGGACGUUGCCACUGAGCAGAAAUUGCAUCCACGCGCCACCCUGUAACCAAAUAAAAUCGUCCAUGACUUCUGAA